CACAGCACAGUACCCGAUCGAGCGUGCCUGGGGAAUAGAAUUAGUACAAAUUAAAAUGUUUUCCGCCUUAUCAACGUUCCUCACUUUUGUGGGCUUCUACGCUCUGACUUGUUAUCUGUACGAGCAGCUGCGAACGCCCUACAGACUGAUUAGAGCUCGAUGGCUCACCGAUGAGAAGGAGCGGCCUUCGCUCAAAGAAAGGUUUGGAGAAUGGGCCGCCAUCACGGGCAGCAGCGAUGGCAUUGGCAAGGAGUACGCCAAGGAGCUGGCCCGACAGGGAAUCAAUGUGGUUCUGAUUGCCAGGAAUCAGGAGAAACUUCAGGCAGUUGUGAGGGAAAUUGAAAGCGAGUCCAAGGUGCAGACCAAAAUUGUGAUUGCAGACUUUACCAAGGGAGCGGAGGUCUAUCAGCAUAUAGAAAAGGAGUUGGCGAGUUUACCCAUUGCCAUUCUGGUCAACAAUGUGGGAAUUGGUCAUCCUGCACCCAUCCACAAGUGGACACAGGAGUCCACCCAGAACAUCAUCGAGACCAACAUAAUGGCCGUGUCCCAGCUGUCGCGCCACUUCUUCCAGCGCAUGAAGGCGGAAAAGAUUAAGGGAGCCAUCGUGAAUGUCAGCUCGGGCACAGAGCACCAGCCGCUACCCUAUGGCGCCUACUAUGCCGCAUCCAAGGCGUACAAUCGCAGCUUCACGCUGGCGCUGCAGUGCGAGGCUGCCCCCUACGGCAUCCAUGUCCAGCUGCUGUCCCCUGACUUUGUUGUGACCAAAAUCAACUCGUAUUCGCGGGCCAUCAUGAAGGGAGGCCUCUUCAUACCCCCGGCAGAUGUCUAUGCCCGCAGCGCCGUCAACCAGUUGCGGGAUGGAGUGGAUGAGACUCCUGGCUACCUUUGGCAUCAUGUGCAGACUUCGGUGAUGCUGGCCGUUACCUGGCGAGUUCGUCGUUUCUUUGCUCUCAAGAUGUUUAGAAGCCUGAAGUAGAAAAACCAAAUAGCAACCUGCCACACAAGUUGUUUACAGACAUAAUGUAUCUUUUUUUGAUAUUACAAAUGAGUAUUUGGA